CUCGCCCGCCCCCGCUGCCAUGUUGGAUUGUGCAGCCCCCACCGCAGCCGCCGCCGCCGUCGUUGCCGUUGCCGCUGCCGCGGUACAGCCGGAGGAGUCAAGAGUUUAGCGCCGUCGCCAGUCGCGGAGGACGCGGAUAGCAAAGCACCGCCAGCUGGGAACCUCUCUCUUCCACUAACCCCGAAGGGAGGUCCCCCCAACCCCCGCCCGCGGCCGGCUCCUCCUCGUCCCCCCCUCCCCCAGAAGCCCUGCGAGAUGCUGCGGCUCUGACUCCGCUCCUCCCCGCCCCUGUCACUGCGAGGGGGAGACCCACGCAGCCACCCGGCCGCCCCGCGGCGGAGGAGGAGGACGAGGAAGACACGGCCCCGGCUCCAGCCCCGGCCCCGCCGGCCCCCGCCACCAUGAGCAACAGCCAGCCGCAGCAGCAGCAACCGCCGCCGCCGAGGAGGGUCACCAACGUGGGCUCGCUGCUCCUCACCCCGCAGGAGAACGAGGCGCUCUUCAGCUUCCUCGGCAAGAAAUGUGUGACUAUGUCUUCAGCAGUGGUACAGUUAUUUGCAGCAGAUCGGAAUGGCAUGUGGUCAAAAAAAUGCUGUGGUGUAGCAUGUCUUGUUAAGGACAAUCCACAAAGAUCUUAUUUUAUCAGAGUAUUUGAUAUCAAGGACGGGAAACUACUGUGGGAACAGGAGCUGUACAAUAACUUUGUAUAUAAUGGUCCUAGAGGAUAUUUUCAUACAUUUGCUGGUGAUACAUGUCAAGUUGGUCUUAAUUUUGCCAAUGAAGAAGAAGCAAAAAAAUUCCGAAAAACAGUUACAGACCUUUUGGGGCGGCGACAAAGAAAAUCUGAGAAAAGACGAGACCCACCAAAUGGUCCAAAUUUACCAAUGGCUACUGUUGACAUAAAAAAUCCAGAAAUCACAACAAAUAGAUUUUAUGGUCCACAAGUCAACAACAUUUCCCACAACAAAGAAAAGAAAAAAGGAAAAACAAAAAAGAAGAGAUUGACUAAAGCAGAUAUUGGAACUCCAAGCAAUUUUCAGCACAUUGGACAUGUUGGUUGGGAUCCUAAUACAGGUUUUGAUUUAAAUAACUUAGAUCCAGAAUUAAAGAAUCUCUUUGACCUGUGUGGAAUCUCAGAGGCACAACUUAAAGACAAAGAAACAUCAAAAGUUAUAUAUGAUUUUAUUGAAAAAACAGGAGGUGUGGAAGCUGUUAAGAAUGAGCUACGAAGGCAAGGUCCACCACAGUGGAGUGCACCACCACCACCACCACCACCAUCAAGGGGCGGCCCUCCUCCACCACCACCACCUCCACAUAGCUCAGGCCCUCCUCCUCCCCCUGCCAGAGGACGAGGAGCUCCACCACCACCACCUUCAAGAGCUCCCACAGCUGCUCCACCACCACCACCUCCCUCUAGGCCAGGUGUUACAGUCCCACCACCACCUCCAAAUAGGAUGUACCCUCCUCCUCCUCCAGUCCAUCCCUCCUCAGCACCUUCAGGCCCCCCACCACCUCCACCACCCCUCUCAGCUGGGUCAGCCGCACCUCCACCUCCGCCACCACCACCUCCACCUCCUCCUGGUCCCCCUCCUCCUCCUGGCCCAUCCUCUGAUGGUGACCAUCAACUUGCGGCUCCUGCGGGAAACAAAGCAGCUCUCUUAGAUCAAAUAAGAGAGGGUGCCCAGCUAAAGAAAGUAGAACAGAACAGUCGUCCAGUGUCCUGCUCUGGAAGGGAUGCACUUUUAGACCAGAUACGACAAGGUAUUCAGCUGAAGUCUGUAUCUGAUGGCCAAGAUUCUGUGCCCCCUACACCUGCCCCCACCUCAGGAAUUGUAGGUGCAUUAAUGGAAGUAAUGCAGAAAAGGAGCAAAGCCAUUCAUUCUUCAGAUGAAGAUGAGGAUGAAGAUGAUGAAGAAGAUUUUGAGGAUGACGAUGAAUGGGAUGAUUGAUCAAUAUAUAUUAUAUAUAUAUUUUUUAAGGUGAAAUACUAAACACUACUUUCUGUCUAUGGAUUCUGUAAAAUUAUCAUGUAAAUGUUUUACCAAUUUGCUGUAUAUUUUUGUUGCCUUUUGCUUUUUUUUAUUAAUCUGUGCAAUACCUCAUUUAAUCUGUAAAGGUUUGUCAUAAUCCUCUAAAAAGCUACUCCCUGUUACUGUGUGCAAGUUUACAUCAGGAUGCUCAAUUGACUUGUGAAUAUUGUUUAUUCCAUCCAUAAGGGAGUUUAAAUGUAAUAUGUAAGACUGACAAAAACCUUAUUGUAAUUUAGUUAUAAUGCAAGAAGGAAAAACACUAUUUUCAUACCCUACUUUUUCUGUAUCUAAAUUUUCUUAUUAAAGAUCUAGUAUAGCACUACAUUCUUUUUAAGUAAUGCAGACAGUUUAUUUAACCCCUUCAUUUUGAAUACAAUGCUAUGUGAAUGUUGAGGCUGAUACAUUUGCACAGUUCUCAGAACAUCACUGUACUGAUGCAAUUUCUCACAUUUCAGCAAUAUGUUUUACAUAAAAUCACUACAAAACAUAGUUGUGAAAAAUCAAUACACCUCUUUUGAUAAGGCAGUGUUGUCUGCUAUUAGCCAGCAGUGAUCAUUCAAUGCUCAGGUUCCUAGGAGCCCUUCUGCACCUGGAGUAAACUGUGGGGUAGUGUUUAUGCUAUGACACAUUUAACAGCAUCUGCCUGGCCAGCCGGCACGCUUAAAGCUUUAGUCUUUCUUAUGAGCAAAGUCUCCAAGUUGCCAGAGCAGUUGCUUGACUUAUUUUCGGGUCAGUUUUUAUGUGUUUCUGAACUGAAGGGCUAUGUUUGAUGCUUGCUUCAAUAAUGUUGGGUUAAAUUUACUUUAAAGUUGGGACACUCGUGUAUUAAUAAAGUGAAAUGAAGUACUAUCAUUCUACAGUCUGGAUGGAUUUAAGGUGCUCAUGAAAUUUCAAACACUAAAACAGCAAUCCAGAAAAAGAAAACAAAUGACAAAUGUAUAAAUUAGAAUUUUGACACAUAGGUACUAAAUUUUAACGAUAUUUUCUCGUGGUAUUUGUCAGUAUGACAUGAGUAAAUUUUUAAAAAAUCUGAGGCCUUAAAAUGUCAAACUGUUUGGAACCCAAAAUUGAAAAAAGAAAUAGAUUUUUCUUUACUUUAUUGCAAACCUGCAGAUUUUAUUUUAUGCAUACUAAAAGGUUUUUUUUUUUAAUUAGGGUUCCCUCUAUGUCAACAAUACACUGAUGUACCCAAAAGUGGGUAUUUAAUAGCUACAGCACUAAUUACUGUACCUACAGUAAAUUUUACUUAGAAAACGAUCAGAUUUAAAUAAUACACAACUUUUCACAGAUUGAGUCAUAUGCAGAAUGUAGUUAAUAAAAAAAGUAUCUUAAGUGUUUCAAGACUAUUAUAGUCACAAUAUCAAACUAAAUUUUAAGCUAUCCAGAAUCAUACUGACCAAACCCUAGUAUUGGCAUGAUCUUGACAGGCUGGUCCUGCAAGAUGUGGCUUGAAUUUCUAAUCCAGUUAUCAUGUUAUCUCUAGUGAUCAUGCAUCUAGUUAUCAUAAGAAAUAAUUUGAAAGGUUUUGUUGCUGAAAGCAGUAAGUGGGGCAGUAAAAGUUAAGUUAUUCAGAGAAUGUUAACUUCCUUGCAAGAGUCAUUUAAGCACAUGGGAAAAACUCCAAACUUUUUGUUUCUUGCAAAUACUAACAGUGCCCUCUGCUGCUAGAAACCUUUGCUUGCUUUGAUUUUUUUGUGGCUUGAGCUCAAAUGAGUCUAGUGUGGGUGAGGCUGAACAACCACUAACCAAUGAAAUUAGGAAUUUGUGCACAUGGAAAAUAAAACUUUGUGAUUUUUUUAAAAUGAUGUUAUAACAAAUUUUCCUUUUGGAUAUUCAUGAAGAUAAUUUUAAAUAAUCAGAAUCUCAAAUUUUCUUUAUAAAUGUGUUCUUUUAAGGAUUAUUCAGAUUUAAGUUUUCUCUUAUCCUUUGGUCAAGAAAUGCAGAAUUUCUGUAACUAGCAUUAAUAUAUAAUGUUUUUCAAGAAAUCCCAAAUUGUAACAGCUCUUAAAGAGAAUGUUAGGUUGUUUAUUUUUUACAUUGAAAACAUAAUUUAAGAAGCUGUUUGUCUCAUUUGCCAGAGAAGGCAUUUGACUUAAGUCAAAGAAAAAACAACCCAAGGAUGUUCUUUGUUGCACAAAAUCUGGAUUACAAUUGGUUUAAAAUAGGGGAUCUUGUGUAGUUCAGUCCAGGCAUGAAGACUGAAACUGUGACUUGCUAAGAUGUAAUGGCUGCAUGUUUCAGCACUUCACCAUUUGCACUGUGGGCAGAAGAUAGUGUUUUCAUAGCGUUCAAAUUCACUAUCCCUGCGUAUUGUCUGAAAGCCUCGCGUAUAUACUCCAAUUAAAUGAUUGUCUGACUAGCCUUAGCAUUUAACAAACUAGCAUGAGGCUUCUUGUAUCCAAACGCUAUGUGAUAGACAAUAUCAGCUAGCCACUUAUUGUAUGUAUGAGAUUCAUAAAAACUUUCAAUCAUUCAAGUUUCCAUUUAUCAGCUGAAAUUUUGUUUAGUAUGUGAAUUUUUGAAAUGUACAGUGAAUAGGAUGUUGCACUGGUGGCAAUUCAUCAUGGAACAUAAUAAAAUUAAUUUGACCCAAA